UCAUCAAAUGAAUUGGCUGAAUUGAAUCGUAAAGCACUGAGCGAAAUUCUGGAGAAGAAUAUCAGCCAUUUGAACCGUGUGCUUGAAGCGUUGAACAUUGAGGAGCAUUCUCUGUCGGUUGUCACAAUUCUUCUCGCAAAAAUGAGUCAACCGUGGAACAGCGCAACUCACGAAAGAAUUCUACAAACAAUCGCACAAGUUGAAUUAUGGCUACCAUUAUUCAAUCAGUGUCAAUUGCAGUGGGCGCCAGAUCUAUUUGUCGCACUAAUCCGACGAAUUGCUCAGUAUUUUCUUCGUAAGAAUGAACAAGUGUUGUUGAUUCGUGGAAUUCGUUUGUUGUUAUCAGCGAUCAGUAUAUUCGCGCCUGAACCAGGUGUGUUGACAUCGCUGCAUUCGUAUCUGUUUUGUUUGUCGCUUAGAACACGUAUUUAUGAGCCAUCGAUUCCAUUUCUGGAAACUCCGAUCACGAAAAUUUUCAAAGAGACAUCAUCUCAAUCGAAUAUUCCUAAUAUCGAUUCAAAAUGGGUGUUGUUGUAUUUCUAUUAUGGUGGUUUGAUAUUGGGUUCAUUGGGAAGAUUGAGAGAGUGUUUGCUGAUGAUGGAGAACGUGAUUUGUAUUCCGUCAAUCGCAAUCAGUGCCGUCGUUGUUGAAGCCUAUAAGAAGUACAUUCUUAUCUCAAUGAUACUCUUCGAUCAAAUAAGCCCACUGCCAAGUUAUCGAUCAUCACUAAUACCACGUAAUGUGAGGAAACUUUGUGCGGAUUAUACGAGCAUCGAGACAAUUUGCCAGAAUAACGAUCACGGCCCUGAUGUGGCGUUAUCGCUUAUCAAACAUCUCGAGCAGCAUCGUAAAACAUUCGAGAUGGAUGGAAAUGUCGGAUUGGUGAAACGUUUGAUCAGAAAAAUUCGUGAAAAUUCCAUCUUAAAAAUUGCUAAGUGUUUUUCGGUGAUAUCAAUCGACGAUUUUGUGCGUAGAGGCCAUCUGGAUAAUGCAGAGCACGCAUUGAGAUAUUUGACUGAGAUGAGUGAUGCAGGAAAAUUAGUCGUUCGUAUCGAUCAACAGAAUCGAAUCAUUCGUUUGGAUGAAGUGAAGACGCAAAUGAAUGAUGAUCGAUUGGAAGAAGCAUUAAGACGUGUAAUGGAAUUGGAUAAAUUAAUUAACGAAUUUGAUGUGUCUUAUCGAACCAAUGCACUCUACAUAAAUCGUUCAUUAGCGUCGUCUGCGAAAAGCGCAUCCCAAUUGCAUUCGUCGUUAGCACUGAACGACAGCGAAGGCUUCCAGCAGUCCACGUCCUCUCAGUUCGGUGCACAGUCGAUGGUUUCUAACAGUAAACCAUCGUCGAUGUCGAACAAUAUCAACGAAAAUCCUUCCUCUCUUGAUCUUUUGUGGCCAUCAUAA